AUGGCUUCCCACUCUUCUGCCAAGCGGAAACCUUUCGCUCCCUCAGGUCCGCAUGGCCCAGCCGGGACAUCUCGCAAACGCGCCAAAACCUUUGAUGCGCGCACCUUGGCUGUGCAGUCGGCCGACGCCGCCCUCUCCGCAACGGGCGAGCUUGAUGUCGCCGCCUACUCUGCAGCUCGGGCAUUUGAGAUCCAAGCUCUGGAGGAGGGGAUGCAGAGGUCGAAAAAUGCGCUCACGACGCGAGCCUUCCAAAAAGUUCCCCGCUCACUGCGGCGGCGGACGGCGAGUCAUAAUGUGAAGCGAGUUCCGCGGAGGUUGAGGGCUCGAGCCAAGCGAGAGAUGGCCGAGGAUAAAACACCCACUGUUACGGCGCGCAGACGCAAGCCAUCCCAGAUGAUGCGCAUUCGACUCGAUACCGCUCGGCGGCUGCAGGCUAUCAACUCGAAAACAAAGGCCCGACGGGCGGCCGCGAGACUAAAGCGGGAUCAAGAGAACCAGACUUCCUUAGAGAAGGAGGGAAGUCAUGCCUUCGAUAUUGCACCACGAGUUCCCAAGAUCAAGAAGAACAAGCUGUCAAGGCCUAUUGCGGCAGAGCCUAAGUACCGCAAGCGCCAGAAAUGCAAGGCAUGGCUACCUACUCAUUUGUAUCAUGCAAAGCGAGCUCAUAUGGCGACGACCAAAGACCCGAUUUGGCGCUUUGCUGUUCCCUUGUCCCCAACCGAGAAAAGCUAUCGGCCUACGCACCGGGCUCGCGGCGCCCGGGGUGCCGUGGCGUGGGAUAUGAGCUAUAUGUCUACUAUUCAGUUGGAAGGAACGGAACCAGCUAUCCAGGCUGUCCUAACGGCAGUGGGUGUCGACGGGGACAAUGCAUGGGGCACCAAGGGGAAGAAAUGGAGAGCCGGAACCCGGUCUCUUCAGGCCUGGACUUUUGAAAAAGAUCAUCCAAAACGUCCAACUGCACCAGUGACAUUGAUAUGGUGUGCCAAGCAGGAAGAUGUCGAGAUGGUUGAUGUCGACGAACCUCAGCCCAAGUCAUCUAAGAAAGAUCACCGGAAACUCUGGAUUAGAGUCCAUCCUUCGGCGUUCCUGCAGCUGUGGACGGAUGUUCUUGGUGUAUCCAAAUCUCAAAAUCCCCCUGUCAUGGUCGAGGACCUGCGAUUCGAAAUUGGUAGUAUUGAAAUCACAGGGCCAGGGUCUACCGAGGCCUUGCUGUCGGCACUGAAACCGAUUCUUGGGACAGAUGGCAAUGCUCCACCAGCACGGAGCCCAGAAGCCGUCUGGCCAUCUCUUCUGGGGGUGUCGAAUCCGUGCUCACUACCGCAUAAUGCCCUGCUCUCUUUUGCUAUUUCUGAUCCUCGCCUACACUUCCCGCCACGCACACUUCACGUCCCCGACAACGAAUCCCACAUGAAUGACCUUGCUAUCUUACUUUCUACAUGGCAUCCGGACAAAAUGCAAGGUCCCUCUAAGCUGUUCGACCGAUCCACUCGGUUAGCAGCGGCUCGUCAACUCCCAAGCCAGAAGGCUAUCAACCGACGCCGCACUCUUGCCGGUCCUGGUGAAUAUCCACCACCCCAACCAUCAGACCCUCAAAUUCCGAUCAUGAUACUCGCAAACAAGCCACAAGCCCGGGCCAAACGCAGCAAUGCCCCGGGGUCCUGGACCGUAUUAUUACCAUGGAAAUGCGUUGUCCCGGUCUGGUAUUCAAUCAUGUUCUACCCAUUAUCCAGCGGAGGAAACCCAUUGCUUGGCGGUUUGAAGCAGCAGCAGCAGCUUGCUUUCGAAGCAGGCGAGGCCUGGUUCCCUGGGGAUUUCCCAGGAACACAAGCUGGGUGGGAAUGGGGUCAGCGUGAGACCGAGAAAUCUCGACGUGAUUGGGAGCGACGCCCUAAGGGGCGGCGCCCCGAGUUCGAUAACAUUUCGUUGGGUGAUGGUCGUCCAAAGGGCGAGAUAGGCCAUGGGUGGGCCUGUGACUGGGAAAGGCUUCUUCAAGGGCCGAAAAAGGACGAUGCUACUACAAAAACUGCCGAUGGCAGCUCGGACAAAAAGCCAACCGAGUCCAACGAGGCUGAGAAAAACGACCCCUCGACACCCAUCAUCCCGCCCCUCAAUAUUCACAAUAUUCGUCUCCCUCCGGCCGAUACCUACCAAAGCCUGAGUAAGCUGGACAAAACAUCCGUCGAUGUCUCCACCCUUUCCACAGUCUAUCUUUCUCUCACGACGCGAGGCACACCCACACCCCGCGCACGAAUCUACCGGCUUCCUACGGACCCAGCUCUACGCCAAAAAUGGCUCGACCUUGGCUCGGCAACGAGCAACAAACCUAGUCAACCGAAGCUCUCCAACGGAGGAAACACUGUGCCCGAAUCUGAAGAAGCUCGGCGUCUCCUUGCCAAGGCUCUCAUCUCUUCUGCUGAUGGAGAAUGUGACUCUGAGCCAUUGGAUGUGCCCACCGAGGAUGACCUGAUUGGUUUUGUCACUACAGGAAACUAUAAUCUCUCUGAAGGCAAAGGGACAGGUAUUGGGUCUAUCCAGCUUUCGAAGGUAUUGGCUCCCAAUGUCAAGGCCUCCGAGAGAAGAAUGUGUAUUAUUCGGACCUCGGGAGAGAAGAGUGGGCGUUUAGGAGUAUGGGAAUUUGUAUGA